ACUCUUUGUGGUGCAGCUGUUUGAGUGGUCCGUCACUGAUUGUCCUGCAGUUAGAGGGGCGAUUUGCAGUGUGUUUUAUUGUGUCUCCAUCUUGCCAGCUGGAAAGCAGCCAUCUAAAAUUGCGUUGCAGCUGCGUCUUUUUUUAGCCUCCGCGUUUUCAGCCGCUCGGGUUGGGAAAGUAGAGUGCAGUAAGUUUAGUGAAUGAACACUGGUGUUUGCUGCAGGCCUCUCUGAGCUGAGACUGGAAACAGACCAGCAGUGUGUGUGCAGCGCUUCAGUUUACAGCCCCGGUGUCAACUUCUGCGUGUGACCGCCUGGUGAAGCUUGGUUUCGGGGAACGACACGCUGCGAUGGACCGAUCUGCUUCAGUGGAGCACUAUAAGGCAGCCAUGUUGCUGAGUGGUGUCGGUGAUGCUCUGGGAUACAGGAACCAGCUGUGGGAGUACAAUGAGUCAGGACCAGCUAUCCAUCAGGAGCUGAAGGAGCUUGGUGGUCUCAAGAACAUCAAGGCCGAGCUCCCUGACUGGCCGGUGAGCGAUGACACAGUUCUGCAUCUGGCAACGGCUGAAGGACUGGCAACUGGGAAGACGGGGGAGGAGCUCAUGCAUGAGGUGGCAGCUCGAUAUGUGGAGGGGAUGAAAGACAUGGACGGGAGGAAACCAGGGCCUUCAAGCAUUCUGGGCGGUGUGUCCUUAGGGUGCCACUCACAGGGAGAAACUCUGCAGCACUGGAUAGACUGUCUGAAGAACAAGGGCAAGAAGGUAGAGCGCUGGCACACGCUGACCAACGAGCUGCCGGGAUCCACACUGCAGGAAUGA